AUGGCAACUCAGACAGUUUACAGGUUGGCACAACGAACUUCCAUUCAAGACCUUGUGACCGGCACAGAGCCAGUACCCGAACCCUCAUCCACUGAGGUCUUGAUCCGUAUCCGAAGCGUCGCUCUCAACUUCCGCGACUUUGCUGUCGCAACCGGAAGAUACCCUUUCCCUGUGAAGGAUGGUGUGAUUCCGUGCUCUGACCUCUCUGGCGACGUUGUAAAGGUCGGAAGUCACGUCGAUGACUUCGCCAAAGGUGACAAGGUCAUUGCCGCUUUCGACCUUAGCACCCUUUAUGGAGCCAUUAAAGACUGGAACCACAGUCUCGGUGGUGAGAUCGAUGGUGUUCUCCGGGAGUUCAUCUCACUUCCCAGCUCUACUUUGAUCAAGAUACCGGCAGAAUCGAAGCUCAGCUACUCUCAGCUAUCCGCGCUUGUUUGUACUGGAACCACUGCAUGGAAUUCUCUGUAUGGCAACGUUGCUCUGAAGCCUGGACAGACGGUACUCUUCCUUGGAACCGGUGGUGUUUCCAUCACCGGUCUCAUCCUCGCCAAAGCAGCUGGGGCAACGACAAUCAUCACCUCGUCUUCUGACUCGAAGCUCAUGCAUGUCCAGGAAACUUACGGUGCCGAUCAUGUAAUCAACUACAAGACCACACCGAACUGGUCCGAAGAGGUUCUGAAGAUUACAAAGGGCCAUGGGGCCGAUUUCAUCUUUGAGAACGGUGGUGCCGGAACAAUUGCCCAAAGCAUCAAUGCGGUGGCUUACGGUGGCUCCAUCGCCGUCAUAGGGUUCUUGUCCUCUUGCCCCCAGGAUCAAAUGCCUGAUGUCGCGGCGCUUGCUCUGUCCAAGGGCGCAGUGGUGCGUGGCAUUAUCGUCGGUUCGAAGCAACAUCUGGAGGAGGUCACGCGGUACGUGAUAGCUCGGGGAUUGUCGGUUCCUGUGGAGAAAGAGUUUGGCUCUGGACGAGAUGAGAUAAUUGCUGCCUUUGAGUAUCUCACCUGUGGCACCCACGUCGGCAAGGUGUGCAUCCGCAUGUCUUGA